GGAGGGAUGAUGGGAGGCGGGAUGAAUGGUAUGAUGGGAAGGGGAAGGGGAUGGAACGGUGGGCCGGGGUAUGGAGGUGGGCAGUGAUUAUGGCGAUGAAUGGCAACGGAGUUGUGAAAGAGCAGCCUUUGCGGAAUCGCCAAACGGGAAUACCCCCGGCCGCGGAGCGCGUUGGAACCCAUCAGCACGACGGCAAAGAAACCCAAAAAGUCACAUUCGCGGCGGCCGCCAGUCUGCUAGGUCGGUCAUGUUAUUUCGAAGCGACCAGAACUGAGCAUGCACCGUAGUGGUCACGUGUUCAGCCGUGCUGGAUCGCACCUUCCUCGCUCGCGGCCGGAUGAUGACAUGUUGGCGCACAUCUGGCCUCCUGAAGAUUAGACCUCAUUUCCCACUGGACGCACAGAGGCAUAGACGAGGGAGAAUGCAGAGCAUCAUCCAUCUUCAACCCAACAACAUCGCCUUGGAAGCAUUCACACUCGUUCAUCCUGCAACCCCAUCGUUCCUCGUUCUCUUCAUCGCACUGUCAUCAUCCCUUGUCAAUACCGACUUCUACCUAACAAUGGCCGGCCGAGGACUCGCGUUCUGGCUGCCUAUCUUGCUCCUCACCGUUCUGCUCAAGCCCAUGCUUGUCCAAGGCGUCACUGACUGCACGGGCAAGUGCUGGAUCAAAGCCAUCACCACUGCUGCCCGCGGAGUGUGUGCCGAGCCCAUCUCCGGUCUGGCGGAAUGCAUCUGCAACGGGCCCACUUACUACGCUAUCUUCAUGAAAUGCGACGCCAAGUGCAAGAAGUGCGGUGACUGGGAUGGCCUCGCGCCUUACCAGCUCUGUGGCUCGCAAGUCCCGCUCCAGCCUGUGCCUAUGUUCAGCAAUGUUCCUGCUCGACGCGACGCGGUGUCUGCCCAUGAGGCUGAAGUCGCCCUCGCUGCUCGUCCGACUGAUCGUCCCUUCAUCGGGUGGUGCGGUCCGCCCGGGUCGCCUUGCUUUAUCGAGGAUUCCAUCAAUGUCGACGUUGAUAAGCAUGAUGAUAUCGCUCCUGCUGCCUUCGACUGGGUCGGAGAAGACGAUACACCAUUCGCAGCGCCAGUCAUCGAGGACGGCCCGAUUGCUAGUGCGGUCAUGGCGGUCCCGUCACUCUGUACGGCGUCAAACGGCGGACAGACCAGCUGCGCUAUGUCAAUUGUUCCCAGCGCUACAGCAAAGACGCCUGAGUUGGUUGCCUCUUCGGCGGAAGCGAUGGCAGAUGCACGCAUGGUCUUUACAGCUGCUGUGGUUAUGUUUGAUGUGGUGUUGAUGCUCCUCUGAGCUGGGCUUGGGAGAGUCGGCUAGGACUGACGAGACGUUUUCUGGAUUCAUGUUGCUUGAGGCAAGGUGAAGCAUUGGGAGUUGAUUCGGGUUGAUAGCGGAUUCGAGAAGUAAGAUUCGUGAUCGCUUUUGACCUUCUCACCUUUCUACCAUUUUUUUCCAAGGCCGUGGCUGUUCAUAUGCAAGGCCAAAAUAGCUUUCCGUACGCUGUUAUUAUUGCUUCAUGAUGGAAUGAUGGGAUGAAGUCGAAGGGUGGAGACGAGCGAUUGUCAGUCGACCGAUGCGGGGAUCCAACCAACAGCAGUGGAGCCAAUGGAAUGGGAAGAGUUGCGCACCUCGCA